UGUGUGUGUGUGUGUGUGUGUAGAUGCGGAGCACGGAGGAGGGCCUGCAGGCGGUGGAUCAGUUGGUAAGAACCUACAGCCACUCCUGCUCCUGGUUUCUGGGCCCCUUCUACUCCCUGGUACGACUCUUCCACCCUGACUACAUCAAGCCUCUGCUGCUGGCACCAGCUUCCAUCACAGUCAAAGAUGAGCUUUUCUAUGGGUUCCUGAGACCAUGGCUGGGACAGAGUCUCCUCCUGAGGCGUCAGUCUAAGUGGCGCCGCCUGGUGGCCGAGGGAGAGAGCCGCCAGGACAUGUUCAAUCACAUCAGCCUGAUGACUCUGGACAGUCUGCUCAGAUGUACCUUCAGCUACAACAGCAACUGCCAGGAGAGUUCCAGUGAGUACAUAGCAGCCAUAUUUGAGCUGAGCACCCUGGUGAUCGAGCGGAGAGGACGUAUCCUGCACCACUGGGACUGUCUGUACUGGAGGUCCCCAGAGGGACAGCGCUUCAAACAGGCCUGUAGUGUAGUACACGGGUUCACCAGCACUGUUGUCCAGGAGCGCAGAGCACAGCUUCUCCACCGGGGGGAGCCAGAGAGCCACACUGACAACACAAGAGGGGAGGAGAAGAAGAAGAAAAGAGUAGCAGACUUCAUUGAUUUGUUACUGCUGUCAAAGGAUGAGGAUGGUCAUGGUCUCACAGAUGAGGAGAUAAAAGCAGAGGCAGACACUUUCAUGUUUGGAGGUCAUGACACCACGGCCAGCGGGAUCAGCUGGGUUCUGUAUAACCUGUCUCAGCAUCAGGACUACCAGGACCGCUGUAGAGCCGAGGUCAACGACCUGCUUCAAGACCGAAAGACAGAGGACUUAAACUGGGAGGACCUGAGCAGCCUCCCCUUCACCACCAUGUGUAUUAAAGAGUCUCUGAGACUGCACUCCCCCGUGUCUGCUGUCACCAGACAAUACACGAAGGACAUGACGGUGCCAGGUGGACGGGUCAUACCACAGGGUAGCAUCUGUCUGGUGAGCAUCUAUGGGACCCAUCACAACCCUGAGAUCUGGCCUGACCCAGACGUCUACAACCCCAUGCGCUUCGACCCUGAGAACUCAAAGGACCGUUCAUCCCAUGCCUUCAUACCUUUCUCUUCAGGACCUAGGAAUUGUAUUGGGCAGAAGUUUGCCAUGGCGGAGCUGCGUGUGGUGGUGGCGCUGACCUUGAGGAGGUUCCGUUUGACCCCUGGGGGGGUGGAGGUGAGGAGGCUACCCCAGCUGGUGCUCAGGGCCGAGGGGGGGCUGUGGCUGACGCUGGAGACCCUAGACGCCCCCCAGGACUAACCCCUGAACUCCUCUCUCCUCUAUGGAUCAGACAUAGAGAAAACUGAUUUUAUGAUUUUACUGUAUAAACAUACGCUGAGUAUACGAAACGUUAGGAACACCUUAACACAGUAAAAUACAUAGGCCUAAAGCCUACAAAUAAACAAUUAAAUAAAUAGGCCUAAAGCCUACAAAUAAACAGUCAAAUACAUAGGCCUAAAGCCUACAAAUAAACAAUUAAAUAAAUAGGCCUAAAGCCUACAAAUAAACAGUCAAAUACAUAGGCCUAAAGCCUACAAAUAAACAGUCAAAUACAUAGGCCUAAAGCCUACAAAUAAACA